AAUCUGUCGCUGACAAUUUUGUCAAAAGUAUCAAAAAUGGCGGCGGACGGUGACGAAGUGAUUAGUGAUCAAGAAAAAGUGAGAAUUGUUUCGGAUUUUAUACUCCAUUCCCCGCCCGGAGAGUUCAACGAAGUGUUCAAUGACGUGAGAGUAUUGCUGAAUAAUGAUACCCUGCUGAAGGAAGGCGCUAGUGGGGCAUUCGCCCAAUACAACAAGGAUCAGCUCACGCCCGUCCGUCUCGAGGGCUCAGAGCUUCAUACCCUCAUCACCGACCACAAUGACCUCGGGGCCGGGAGGUUCUUCGACCCGCGCUCCAAGCGCUCCUUCAAGUACGACCAUUUACGUAAAGAAGCUUCCGAGUACGAGGCGUUCGAGCCGGACCGUGUCGCUGAGUCCUGGCGCGCGGCUUUGGACAUGGAGCUCACGAAUUACGUAGCGGAACACUACAAACACGGCGCGAGCCUCGUUGUCGGCCGGGCGCUGGAGUCCGGCUCCGUCGCGCUCGUAGCGUGCAUAGAGGACCACCAGUUUCAACCUAAAAACUACUGGAAUGGCCGGUGGCGCUCCGUCUGGUCGUUGACGGUGGGCGGCAGCGCGGCCGAGCUGCGCGGCAUGCUGCGGGUGCAGGUACACUACUAUGAGGACGGCAAUGUUCAGCUGGUCAGCUCGAAGGAGGUGCGGGCGCCGGUCAUCGUGCAGGGGGAGGCGGCCACCGCCAAGGAGUUGGUGAAGAUCGUGUGCGAGGCGGAGAACGCGUACCAGACGGCCAUCUCGGACAACUACAAGACAAUGAGCGACACCACCUUCAAAGCGCUGCGGCGGCAGCUGCCCGUCACGCGCACUAAGAUCGACUGGGCGCGCCUUGUCUCCUAUACGAUCGGCAAGGAAUUGAAGAGCCAAUGAUGUCCUGCCGCUGCGCUCUGAGCAGCAGCGAUCGCUCCAUGCCUCUGUACAUAUAAGAGUAAAUCUUGUUCAAAUAUUUACUGGCGCCCGGCCAGGUGCAUAUUUAACUAUGAGUAUAUAGAGAAAUCGCUAUAACUGUUAAAUUUGAUUGCAUUUUGUUACUCAUGAAGGGAUAUGCUUUGGUGUCACCCGCUUUUCGGUGGUAACCGCAACUUUUUAAAGAGAUUUUGUUGGUCUGUAGUUUUAUUAGGCCCCACAUGAUCACAAUGUCCCGACGAUCAUGCAAUUUUUGUUUUUUAUAAUACCGUGAUUGUAAUAUAAAAUUAUAGUUGUCAAUUUAGGAUCCUAUAGAACAGAAUUUAGUGGUCUUCAGUCAUAGAAAUCCAUCCCAACUUGAGUUUACGUGUAGGCCACUAGUUAUGAAAAUUGUUGAUACAACAAAUAUUUGAUUCCAUAAAGAUUUACGUAACUAUUUGAAAGAUUUCAUUAAAACUUUGUCAUUUCAUAGUUCAAAGUAAUAGAGACGUAGAAAGCCAGUUGUUCCUCAAAUUCAUUAAGUCAAUGACAGUAAAUAUUUAGCAUUAAAUAUAUUUCUAAGUUUUGAAUAACUCAAAAGACAACAACUUAAUUAACAGAUUUUAUUGUAUUCUCUUUGUUUUUAAAGAGUAUCAGACCAUCAAGAGCAAACAAAUUGAUGUAAAAUAUUAAGAAAAAAGCAAACUCAAAAUAUACAAUCAUGGACAAUCAUUGCAUGCACAAAACAACUACUUCAAAGUGGCAUUUAUAUAUUAUGAAAAAAAAAACACAUUGUGUGAGCAAUAUUUUAAUAUUCAAUAUUAUGUCAAUUACCUUACAUUAUUUUCAACAUCACUACAAUAUUAUAGUUUUCCUGGUAGUCCAUCCAAUUUGUUAAGUCAGUAUUAUUUACGAUUGGCUGUGAUAACAGAACAUGCAGACAUACAAUAGUAUCCUUGUUAAAGAAUACUACAACACUCAUCAAUCAUCAACACAGUCAUAUUUCGGUUUUAUUUCAUAGUUUAUUUGAAUCAAUUAUUACAAAUGAAUAAAAAUGUUUAUAUGAUCAACAUUUUCUAUUAUCGUCAGCCAAUCGCCUGUUAGUUCUUAAAUAUUGCUUGCAUAAUUGAUUGGAGGAGUUGGGAGGAGAUGGUGCAUUUUAUUGUAAUUAAUGUCCACAUAGCUUUAAUGCGGAUUCUAUGAGCGACGAGCACAAUGUUGAUUUAAUCAUAAAAUUGUGGAUUUGCUCAAUGCGAAUAUUGGUAGAUGAAAAAUAUUUUCCAUAUUGUUUUCUGCAUUGAGACAUGCGUAUGAAAAAACUUUUUAUAUCUCAAUAUAUUACGCCGAUAAGGUUUAUUUUGUAAUUAUAAUUUAAAGAAUGUAAACUAACUUCAAGUAUUCUGUAAUGUACGAUUGAAUUCAUUUGAAUAAAAAUAUAUAUUAAAAUGUUGCU